CCGAAUAAUUCGCGUGCGAUUUGCGUCCUAGCGCUGUAGCAUUUAUUUUGCUGAUAAUUUUAUAGAAUACAAAAGUAAUUUUAAGCUGAAAUUAAAUUUACUCCAAAAAUGAUGUGUAGUGACUCGUUAAGAUAGCAAACAGUGUACUGUUGUCACGAAAUUAAUCACAAUGACCCCUGAGUUCACGGCUGCUAUUGCUAGUACAUUGUGAUAUUACCCAAUAUGGGAAAGAAAUUACAAAUAAUUUAGCAAUUAGACUUGUUUUUAUAAUUUAUUUAGUUAAAGUGCAGCGCUUGUGAACCGUUGAAUGUUUGCUGUGGAGCUGUCUAAUGAAUUAUGGUUACAAAUGGUCAUUUUAAAGUCAUUGAACCUAUGCGCGGCGUGGUGACACUAUGCAGUGACUUGUGAAUCGGAAAUAUGUAAAUAAACAUGAACGAUAUAAGCUUGAAAAUAGUGGAAUCUCCGAAGAGCCACGGUGGUGUUGAUGUGUCUCCAACAGGGGAUACAAGUGCUGAGAAUGAGGUUGAUCCGUUGGCAAUAGACGAAGGUGAACUCGACAGAGUCAAGGAGCCGGUAUCGCAGGAAGCUGAGCUCGAGAAAGUUGACGAGGAAAAGGCGGGAAACUGUGAUGAUAAUGCCAAAGAAGAAAAUUUAAGUGAGAGUCAGACUGGAAGUAGUGAUAGUUUUGUAAAUGUCCAGCCUGAAAAACCUGAGAAUGGUAAUGAGAGUUUGAAAAGCGAAAGAAGUAGUAGUAGCCCCCCUGUGGUUGCAAAGACCUUGACUCCUGAACCACCUAAGCAACCGCAGAAUGAACCAGCACCUACCAUAGAACCAGUUCCGAGUACUAGUAAAGCUCCAGAUGUAAUUGAGAAACUGGUUGCUUCAGACAAUGUUGUUGUAGAAACCGUGGUCCCAGUAAAAGCACCUGUUUCUGAGAAAGAGGAGCUUAUGGUGGUUGAGGAACCAAAGAAGUUGGAACCCGAGGUUGAUGCGGACAUGACAGAGGUAGUUACGGUUGAAGAGAAAGCAGAACAAAAAGUGGAGAAACCUAAACCAAAGUCAGUAAAUGGGGAUGUUGUAACGAAGGAGGAUCAAGGUACAAAAAGACGGCCAAGCGAGGACGUGGACACUGAAUCACCUCUAAAGAAACUGUGUCAAGAGGUAGAGAAGACAUUUCCCCAACACGACACGAUGAUCAACGACUACAUACAAAGAGCCACAAAGAACAACGUAGAUGAACUACAGAGGCAUACAGAACAGCUGCUAUCCGAGAUACAGACGCUCAGAGAACUUGCACAGAAAAAGGAACACGAGUGGAACAAUAUUCUUCACUUAAAAAAAGUCAAAGAAGAAAUCCUACUCCGACUCCUAAGGCGAAAACAAGUUUUAAAUUACGAAAAAUCUCAAGAAGUUAACGGCGGUGAUAGGGAUCGGGAUCCGUUCGAGUAUCUUAAUAACCAAGCGAAGAAUUUAGCUAUAGAUAAAAGUGACGAGAUUUCUGGGCUGUCGCUUAAACAGCCAGGGACCUCCAUGGCUCCAAUGUUACCGACCCCUAUUAUGCCGAGUACUUCCCACUUCAACCCCAUGGCGGGGUUACCGCCGCCUUACGACAAGGCGCACAUGUCUAUGCCGAAACCAGUAUUCCCUCAACAGAUGAUGAUGCCCGGUCACAUGACGGGGUUCCCAAGAGACAUGAAUGGUCAGUUACCUUCUAGUUUUGGUCUCCCCAUGGGUCGGCAAGGGCCUACAAAAGACGUUAAAUCCAUAAUAGCAGAUUAUAGGCAAAGAAAUCCAGAAGUGACGCCGCGAAGAGGUCGGAGGAUGAAGUCUAUAUUAAAUCCUAAUAUUAUGAAUGCCCCGCGACCUAUAGCGCCGAAAGUGGAUAAUUUGAACAACUUGAACAACCUCAACAUGCUGUUCAAUAAUCUGGAUAUGAACCAGAAAGCUAUGUUGGAACGGCUACAACAAUUCCAAGCCAGUGGCCUACCAAACGGGCUCUCGUUCAAAGACGUGCUCGUCCAAUUCGCCAACAUGCAGCAGGCCAGUGCAGGCCUCAUACCCAACCGACCACCAGAAACCAUUACCACUAGGCCUGAACACCAUAUAAGGCCCGAAGGAAGAAGGAGACAGGAGAGGAGUCAUGAAGAUGUCCACGUGUCUGUGAAGCAAGCAGAGAGACUCGCUUCUCCGAGCCCCAGGCUACCCCCACCCCCACCAUAUCCAGAAAUUUCCCUACUUCCUGUCACCACCAGCCAGUCGGAAACAACACAACAAAACUCCUUACUGCACGGCAUCCUCACAAAGAACUGUGGGGAGAUCACGAUAACACCAGUGCAGCCCACUCCGCCGGCGGAACCGCAGCCUGAGAAACCAGAAGAAGUCGUUCAGCUUGACGAUGAAGAAAGUCCAGCGUCAGAAGGUGAGGCAUCAGGCUCUCCAUCCGGCUCAGGUUCGGGGCGGCUGGUUAUAGACGAAGGCGGUGGCGAAGCCCCGGCCGAGGGGACCGCGGACCAAGCGGAUGCGAAUGAGGAGACGCCCCUGUGCCAGGGCUGUCGGCGGAGAGACGCGCAAUUUGUCUGUGCAGGCUGUGCUAACCAGUGGUACUGUAGUAGGGAUUGUCAGGUCGCAGCAUGGGACGAACAUUCGGACAUGUGCUCUGGAUAGCCGCGUAAAGUAUGGCGGAAGCCGCGUAAGGCUCCCAAGAAUUUGAUAAACAAAAUGUCGUCAUCAGCGAAACGAAAGGUGGACUAGUAGACAACAUGGUCCCAUUCAAGAGCUUUUAUACAAUCCUGCAGCGGUGAAGACUUUAGGUGAAAUAGUAUCAUUAUUGGUUUGAUGACAUCGGGCAUCGACCUGCAUCGUAGCCGCAUAUACAUAAGACAUUACUCAACAAAAAUAUUCCUAGUAGAAAAGCCGUAUUAGCUGUGUCAUAAGCCUAAAUAUUUGUUUGAUACACGUAGUUAUAGUGUUAGAUUUACAUAUUUAUGAUUUCAAUCACUAGAAAUUAUUAUUCCUAUUAUUUUGGGAGUACUAAAUGGCUGCGGUAGGAAAAGUACUCUAAUGUGACAGUUGUGACGUCAUUUGACAGGCCGCCAUGUUGAAUUCAAUGUUACCAAUUUAUAAAAUUAGUGAUUGAUUAAAAUUAGUAAUGUUUUGCGGUGUGAUCUAUGAUUAUAAUUUCUUUAAUUAAAGCGGCUAUUGUCAAAUGAGGUUUCAUCUAUUUCCUACUGGUGGUAUAACCACUAUAUCGUAUGCAUAUGAAUUAAUAUUAUAUGCAUAAUCAUUAGUUCCUAGAAGCAUAAGAAAAGCAAUGAAAUAUUAAUCUUUUUGAGUACGAAAUACGUACCAUAAUAAUAUAUUGUAGUUACAAGACUUGACUUACACAUUUUUGUGAAGAAAUGAGCAUAAUAGUACUAAAUAAUUGACUGA